AUGUUGUCUAUUAGAUAUAAUUCGGCCAAGUCAAUCGGUAUCAACUUAAGUUUCAGGAGAACUUUCUUCUUGUUCAAUUAUUUUGGACAAAAAAUCAUUUAUCCACCAGACGUUAAGAAUAUAACUACUGAGAAUAGGCUAUUUCCAACUUAUAUUGAGUCAAAUAACGAACUUCACAACCAUUUAUUAUUCAAAUACCCGUUAAUAUUGAACUUUACUUAUCCUGGAGAUAAGAAUUGCAAUAAGUUAACCAAACCAUUAUUUGACGUUUUAAGUGAUUCUAAAAAGUACCCAUCAAAUUCCCCUGCGGUUGGCUUGGUGAACAUUUCUUGUGAUACUGAAGGAGGAAGAGACAUAAUGAGUACUUAUGCUAUUAAUAAAGUACCUACUUUACUCUUAUUGCAAAAACAAAUGCCUACUGAUAAAUUUCAACCAAAUUUAGAUACUUUCAAAGAAUCUGAUUUAAUUGAAUGGAUUAAAUCCAUAUAGUAUAUACAUUAAUAUAUUUACAAGUAAU